AUGGGUCGUGGUGGACGAGGCUGGGAUUCCACGACUUCAAAUCGAAAGUCGAAGAUGAGCGACUCUUUCCAGAGCGUUAGCGGCUUAGCCCUCAAACAUUUGAAGUCCACCCAUCUUCACUGUCUGACAGUAUACUCGCCACGCCACACAUUCGUCGGAUUCGUCGAUCUGCACGAAUGUUCUCAAGCCUUUAGGGUCCAUUCUGACGCGCACGAAACAGCAGUCGACAGGGAGCCAGCGCAAUAUCCCCCGCGAGAGGCUCGUGGGCCCGAAACCCAGACAACCAAUGGAAUCACGAUAUACUACGAAAGUGGCAGCCAUAAACAACAGCUACAAGCACUGCUGGACGAUUUCGCAGAUAUUUUGACCGUGUUUCUACCAAUGGGCGGUGCACCCCGACGAUUGGCACGAGCUCACAUAGGGGCCAGGAACUUUUCACAGUUGCCCCUAUGGGAUUCUACAAUAGCUGAAUAA